AUGGCUGCAAAGAUUUCUGUUUUCUGUGUCUUUUCCACGCUAAGAUUCCUUGUAACCUUGAUUCUUAUCUCUGAAUUUUCACUCAUUGAAGGAAAAACUGGUGGCUUCUCUGUUGAUUUAAUCCAUCGUGACACUCAAAUAUCCCCCUUUCAUGAUCCCUCCAAGUCACACUACGAACAACUGAAUAAUGCCUUUCACCGAUCGUUCUCUCGAGCUGCAUAUUUCAAGAAACGAACUUCUCAAUCUGAUUCCAACCAUGCACUGGAUUCAUCAGCACAAAUCCAAUCCUACAUCACAUCUAAGAAUGGGGAAUAUCUAAUGAAAGUAUCCAUUGGAACACCGCCAGUAGAUGUUCUAGUAAUUGCUGACACGGGCAGCGAUCUGACAUGGACACAAUGCAAGCCUUGUAGUCAAUGCUACAAGCAAGAUGCCCCAUUUUUCGAUCCUCACAGAACAUCAACCUACAGAGAAAUAUCAUGCGAGUCUGCAUCCUGUGCUGCUGUCGGAACUUCCAGUUGUGAUGAUGGAAACAAUUGCGAGUACAGGUUGUCUUAUGGAGACAAUUCUUACAGUAUUGGUAGUCUUGGUGCAGAAACGUUUACAUUCAAGUCGAGUUCUGGAAAAAAUAUUUCGAUCCAAGGAGUUGUUUUUGGUUGUGGGCACCAAAACGAUGGCACGUUCAAUGAAACUGCUUCUGGAAUCGUUGGACUUGGAGGGGGAGCAGUUUCUAUAGUCACGCAAUUGAGCAAAUCAAUUGGUGGAAGAUUUUCCUACUGCUUGACGCCUUUGGUUUCUGAAUCAAACGUUUCAAGCAAGAUCAAAUUUGGCAACAAUGCUGUAGUUUUGGGCUCUAACGUAGUUUCAACUCCAUUGAUCAAGAAAAAUCCGGACACUUUCUACUUUAUCAAUCUUGAAGGCAUUAGUGUUGCAGAUAAGCAGAUUGCAUACAAAAAUUCGUCCUCGUCCAAGUUGGAUAACACCACUGACGAGGGGAAUAUAAUUAUAGAUUCUGGAACAACCUUAACAUUCGUCCCUCAACAAUUUUAUGAUGAUUUGCAAUCUACAUUGAAGGAAUCCAUCAAUGGUAAACAGGUAUCCGAUCCAAAUGGCCUCUUGGGCCUUUGCUAUCAGGUGGAGGAUAACAUCAAGUUGCCAAAUCUUGUGGUACACUUUACUGGUGCAGAUGUUGUAUUGCCUCCAACUAGUACAUUCAUUCAAGUGAGUGAAGGGACAAUUUGUCUCACAUUUGUUCCUUCCGAUGAUAUUGCCAUUUUCGGAAACUUGUCGCAGAUGAAUUUUCUUAUUGGAUAUGAUCUUAUAAACCAGAAGCUCUCCUUCUUGCCAGUUGAUUGUACCAAAUAUUAG